AUGACAACAAACGGACAACCACCAUCGCUUCAAAAAUUAGCACAGGUUAAUGAACAAACAUGGCUGCAGUUGGGCGAAGUAGCAGAGAUGAUGCUAGAUUACGAUCGAGCCAUGAACGCAUAUGAAUCAGCACUUCGUCAAAAUGCAUAUUCUAUUCAAGCGUUAGGCCACAUAGCAGCUCUUUGUAGAGCAAGAGAGCAAUUUCCAAGGGCCGUUGAGUACUUUAAUCGCAUCUUGAAUAUAGAUCAGACGAACGGUGAAAUAUGGGGUGCUUUAGGUCAUUGCUAUUUAAUGAUGGAUGAUCUACAAAAAGCCUACAGUGCGUAUCAACAGGCACUUUACCAUUUACCGAAUCCAAAGGAACCAAAACUCUGGUAUGGUAUCGGUAUACUAUAUGAUCGAUAUGGUUCUCUUGAUCACGCUGAAGAGGCGUUCUCGCAAGUAAUGUCUAUGGAACCGAAAUUCGAAAAGGCAAAUGAGAUUUAUUUUCGACUUGGCAUUAUUUAUAAGCAACAACAUAAGUACGAGAUGAGUUUGGGGUGCUUUAAAUACAUUCUUCAUAAUCCACCACGACCACUCACCGAAGUAGAUAUUUGGUUUCAAAUCGGACACGUAUAUGAGCAACAAAAGAAUUACACAUUAGCUAAAGAGGCAUAUGAACGUGUCCUCACCGACAAUCCAAAUCACGCUAAAGUGCUGCAACAGCUCGGUUGGCUUUACCAUCAACAGAAUGCUAAUUUCGGGAAUCAAGAUAUGGCAAUCCAAUAUUUGACCAAGUCGUUGGAGUCUGAUGGUAACGAUGCUCAAUCCUGGUAUCUACUCGGACGCUGCUACAUGGCACAACAAAAAUACAAUAAGGCAUAUGAGGCUUAUCAGCAAGCGGUUUAUCGCGACGGGCGUAACCCCACUUUCUGGUGUUCCAUUGGCGUGUUAUAUUAUCAAAUAAACCAGUUUCGGGAUGCGUUAGACGCCUACAGCAGAGCAAUUCGUCUAAACCCAUACAUCAGUGAAGUAUGGUACGACCUCGGCACACUGUACGAGUCAUGUAACAAUCAAAUAAGCGAUGCAUUGGAUGCCUAUCAACGAGCUCAUGAACUAGACCAAGACAAUCCACACAUUAAACAACGUUUGCAAAUGCUUAGAAAUCAACAGCAACAAGGUGGACAAACUACCGCUCCGGUUCCACAAGACGUGAAUCCGCAGGCGUAUAAUAAUUCGCCGUCGAUGAUGAGUAAUCCGCCACCACCACAAUUCGCUCAUCCCACUCCUGGGCCACCAGGUCCUCCAGGUAUGCCAGGUUUAGGAGGUUAUGGGAGAAUGGAUAAUCGACAGUCACAUCCUCCGCCUCCACCUUUACCUGUUAAUUUUCCAAAUAAUGUGCAAGGUAGUGGACGUGAUUUGCCUCCUAUGAAUACAGGUCGUCGAAGCCCAGCUCCGCAAUAUAAUCAUCCUUUGCCUCCUCAUAUUCGUGGUGAACCAACUACGCCGCCAAAUCAUCAUAAUACUUUGAGUCCCAUGAUGCCACCAUCUCAACAUGAUAACCGUCAAUUAGGUCAGCAAUCACAACCUCCACCUCCACCUCAGACGACUUCACAAUUGCGCAUGGAAAAGCGUCCUUCUCCUUCUCCGCAGAUGCCCCCUAUUUCCGAAUCCCGUAGCAGCCGUGGAUAUUCUCCUCAAUUACCCGAACCUCAAUCAUCCGGUCGACAACCCUAUACUUUGGCAUCACCAAAAUUACCAGGUCCCGAACAAUAUUCACCACCUAUUUUGCCUCCUCAUCAGUCUUCUCAUCAGCAACCUCAUUCAUCACAUUCUGUCCCUCACCACGAUAUUCUUCAUGAUCGUCGCGAAGAAAUUUAUGACCCAACAAAAGUAAAGGGAGAAGAUAAACAUAAUGAUUCAUCAAUGAAGCCCGAAGAUACUUCAGUUGAUGGCGUCUCGAAUAAUAUCGUCGAGCAUGGACCAUCAAGAGUGCCACCUCAACAAAUUUUGAAUGCCUCGCCUCCACCACCACUUGAUCAUGCAGUUCCACUUGAUCAUGUAGUUAAUCAUCGAAUACCGGAACAAUCCGUUGAUGAUGAGAAAGUUGGUAGCGGAAAUGUGGUCCCCCCAAUUCAUACGUUUCGAUCGGAAGAUAUGCACGACAGAAGAAGAUCAAAUUCAAUAAACCUCCCGGAAAUAAAAGCCUCUGAACCAUCAACUCCAAGAACAUCUAUUCCGCAUGAAUCACCGCAACAGCCUCCACAACAUUUAAGUCGAGUUGAACAUCAUAAGCCAAACAUCUUGAAUGACGAAACAAGUCCUCGAUCACCGCCUGAAUCGAGAUCGCCCGACUUAUCUCGCAUCCUGGAUAAUAAUGGUGUUGCAGCUACGCCAGAUAGUCCGUUGGAUACUGUCGAUAAUGUAAAACAUCCAUCAAGUCUUGGAAAUUUUCGUACAACGCCACCAAAUUCGUCGGAUAGAAAUAUAAUUAACCCACCUGUCAUUUCUACAUCUACAUCCUCACGGCAGGUAGACGAAGAUUACGAUGAUACGGCUGAUGUUUUAGUUAGCAUGAGUGAAGUGGGUGCUUCCUCGAGCACCUCGCCAGUAAAUAAUUCUUCGUCACCAACUGGGCAAAAAAGACCUUAUAGCCCACCAAAAGGCGAUAUCGAUACAGAGGAUCGAGCACGCGAGGAUGUGCCUACAAAGAAAAAACGUGACAGAGAUCGUGAUAGAGAUCGAAGAGAUCGCGACUGGGAAAGAGAUCGUGAGCAAAGAGAACGCGAGCGAGAGCGUCGAAAAUCGGAGCAAAGCGGAAAUAGCGGAAAUGGCAGUAAUUCACCUUAA